GGAGGGCUGAAAAAGAAUUGAGGCUGUUCGCUGAGGCUAACGAGAUUGUGGCUGGCUAAGAACUAAAGGUUGAUUGCAACUGUUGUGAAUUGUCGUAGCGGCAGGGGCUGUCCUGCCUAACGGUGGUAGCUACUCUUGCUACUGCCCGCCUGUCAACUCGACUAACGUGUCGUCCAAGUAGAACACUUCUGCUUUUGCGACCCCCUGGGGCACACGAGGGGAUUGUGUUCAUGUAUCGGUCUCUGUGUUGGUAUUAAUGGCCAUUUCGUCGCCGUCGUUGUUUGCUACCCCUUGCUAUCGUCGUGUUUGGUUCGUGUUCGGCCGAGUUCGAUCAUUUGUCGUUGUUUUGUUUUGUCGAUCCAAUGUCUCUUCACAGCUUCUUCUUCGUUUUCAUAGUAGUCGGUCGCAAACUGCCCGAUGCGAAGGACUGCGAUAUGACGCUGACGUGCGGGAAAAAGUGAGAGUUUGUCGUCUUCGCUCGUCGUUGUGGUUGCGUGAGUCGCUCCUGUCUUCCGGUCAGCGAGCAUGACUUGCAAGGCACGGUAAGUUGGAUCAUUGGCUCGCUUACUGAAUCGCCUAUGGAAAAAGCGGCAUAACCGUGGCUAGUGGCCGGCCACGAAUAAUUGUAUUAGACUACAAAGAAUCACAUUGUUAUUAUAAGCUGCUUGUCUGGCAAAAGGCCUUCUUAUUUGUUAUUUACUCUUGUUCCUUGGAGCGUGUUGGUAACGUGCGCGAACGAGAGAGGAGCGCGUGAAAUCCGUCGAAAAAUAGCAUAGUGCGAAGGAGCAAACUUCAUUGGACCAAUUUCAUCAUCGAUAUUGACGAUUUCUACCGACGACAUCAGGGCUUAUGAGUCAUUUAUGCCACAGCUUUUCGGCGUGAUUCGAGGUUUGAUCUUCGUUAUAAAAAGUGUUAUUUUGUGGAUGGAAAGCAUUUAUUGAAAAUUGUGGCCAGCCGGUAACACUCUCUUCCCAUCCUCUUAUAAUAAUAUUCAUCAGCGUUUUUCACUAAAGUGCUAUAAAGUGUUCGCCACUGUUUUCUACUACAAAUAUUACAGUUAUUGCCUCUGAUUACGCUGAGAGCACUCGAUAUAUCAGUAAUACUUCGACCUCUGAUUUGAUGUGAUAAAGUUGACAUGCAAGUUACUGCGUUUAAGUUAUGACACACUCCUAUUUUUUUCGUCUUCUUAGCCCAUUACCAUUCUGUAGUUUAUGUUCAUCCCCUGAUCUAAUGGUGCCGGUUUACCUGUGUACGUCUGAUCGUCGGACAUAACCGGAUACAACGUUAUUAGUGUUCAUCAUGUGAAGGAAAAAUGUUUGUUAUGAAUUCUGGAUCCAUAACUACCUCAACUUUUACCAACGCCAACAACAGCUAUAAUUAGCGGGUUGUAAAAAAAAGGCCGAAUUUCGUGUCCUUUGUCAUCUGCUCACAAUCCAGCACACAUCGAUUCACCGUUUCGUUUCAAAAGACUUAAUUGUUAAUCGUGAUCUGACGCUCGAUAAAACCUGUGACGCUCGCUUUACUUUGUUUGUCACCGCGGCGCCGCAAGUUAGUAGCGCGCUAUUCCGCCUCGCUAGAGGUCAGGGCGCUCUAGACGCCCUUCAUUGAAGCGACUCCGGUGGCACAUCAAUUGAGUGGCGGCCGAGUGCGACGGCACGCGCGCGCACUGAACAAAUCAUGCGCAAUCCCGGCUAAAAUGGCGGCAAGACCCCAUUGCGCCGCCGUUGAGGGGCCUCGUCGGGAGAGACUGCGGCCCGGGAGGCGGGGACGGUUGUGGGGCUCAGGGGGACAGCGGCAAAGACAGAAGCAGGGGUACCCGUACACUUUUGCCGACGUCGCGGUACCCCAACAGGAUAGCCGGGUGGCCCUUGUACAAAAAAAACAAGCGGCAACACAGGGACCAUUGCGUAAGCCAGUGGCGUCCCCCAGGCAAGAAAAUCCACUCAUGACAGAAGCUUUAGCAGUAGCAACAGUUUUAGAAGACGACGAAGAAAACCGGCCCACAACAUACGACUUCCCUAAUCGUUGUCAUAUCGGAGCGAACGGAGAAGAACAAAAGCGACUACGGCAACAGCACGAACAACAUCAUCAAAAGGACAAAAAAAAAGCUACGAAAAGUAGAGAAAAAGCGGCGAAAUCAACAAGCGCUCCCGUCACCGUUGUCACAGCUACUGCAUCUGCAGCAUUUACGUUGUAGGAGUAGAACUAGUAGAAUGUACUGCUGUGCGUCUCUGCCUUGACCUUGUCCUAACAAACGAUAGGUACGACGCAGAAACGUUGCUGAUAUUACUUGGCAUAAAGGUAAGAAGGAGAAGAUUCUUCCACGGUUGCAACGAAGCCGAAAACGCAAAAGUAAAUCUAGAGAGUAAUCACAAUGAUAUAGUUUUGUACAUUGUAUGUAUUGUAAAAGCAAACAAAAACGAAAGCAAAAAGGAGAAACAAUAUAAGAAGAAUGAGACAUACUGUAUUUGCGUUGAUGCGAUCGUUUGUCGACAGUGACGUACAGCGGCAGUAAUAGCAAAAACGAAAAAUAGUUGGUGUGCCCGACAGAAGAAAACAACGUAUGAUGUAGUAGGUCAUUGGGAACAAGCGUCAAAUAAAUGCCCGUCGAAGUUACAGAGCAAAUUUUUUAAAACAAAAACAGUAGGAAAGAGGCGGACCAUCGAAAUGACUGAGGAAAGCCGGCUUACAGAUCAACCAUCACCCGCACGUCAGCAGACAUCCCAGCAUCGUCUGAGUGCAGGAAUUUUACCGCUUACGCCUUUGGGCGGCAGCAGCAGCUGUAAUGUUGAUACAAGCACUGCAGGUGAGUCGAAGGGACUAGACCGCGAGUGCUGCGAGGCGGCCAAAAGGAAGCUCUCCUCCCGGAUUAUGACGGUCAAUGUUCGACUUCUUGACGAUACCACGAAGACGUUUCAUGUACAGUAUAAAGCAAGCGGGCAGGUGCUGUUCGAUCAGGUAUGCCGAGUUCUUAACCUGCUAGAAUCUGACUACUUUGGUUUGGAGUAUUGGGACGAAGAAGGAACUAAGUAUUGGCUGGAUUACGAAAAGGCGAUGUGUAACCAGCUCUGUCUAAAUCUCGAGGACGUAUUUCUUGAAUUCUGCGUCAAAUUUUACACGCCCGAUCCAGGGCAGCUCGAAGAGGAAUUCACACGCUAUCUUUUCAGCCUUCAAAUCAAACGGGAUCUCGCACAGGGCAUCCUUUUGGUGCACGAGGAUACUGCCGCCGUCUUGGCUUCUUACAUAGUCCAAGCGUCAUGCGGCGACUUCAGCAUAGAGGAUUAUCCUGACUCAUCGUACCUGUCGUGUCAUCAGUUCGUGCCCCGACAGUCAAGGAUUCUCGAGGAAAAGAUUAUGCUCCAUCACCGAAACCACAUAGGUCAAAGUCCAUCGGAGGCAGAUAUGAAUCUGCUUGAAGUAGCGCGCCGUUGUGAGUUCUAUGGCGUCCGAUUAAUGCCUGCUUUCGACGCGGAAGGUGUGCCGCUCACGAUGGCCGUUGGGUAUAUUGGCAUUGUAGUUUACCGCAACGCAAUGAAAAUGAAUACGUUCUCGUGGAAUAAAAUUCGUAAGCUUAGCUUCAAACGGAAGAAGUUCCUCAUCAAGCUGCACCCAACCGAGGGCUACGGUUGCUAUGGUAAAGAUUGCGUAGAAUUCCAUUUUGACAGCAGAAACGCGUCCAAGAGCUUCUGGAAAAGGUGCAUCGAGCAUCAUGCGUUCUUUCGAUGCACAGAGGUCCAUAAGGCCUGCCGAGUGCGAGGCAAGACCAGAAUCUUCAGUAGGGGCUCUUCAUUUCGGUACAGUGGUCGAACGCAGCGACAAGUGAUUGAGUACGUGCGCGAGACUUCGGCCAGACGGCGCUCCUUUCAGAGGUCAUCGAGUCUCCAUCUGGCUAACCCGGGUCUUUCGCCCAGUGGAGUGGCCUCUAGCUACUCGUGCUCAUCGAUGACGCAUCUUCAUACUCUCCAGGGCAACGAACGGCCAGUUAGCGGACCGCCAGCCAGCGACAACAACAACGAAGAUUUCAGUAAAACUACCGUGUGCCUAUCUGAACCGAAUACGCCCCAGCACAGGGUGAACGUUUCGGCAGACAAUAUCGACAAAGAUGAUACAAUUUCACAUGAAUCGUAUCAUUGUGUUCUCAACCAGUCGUUAGAUGAUCCAGCGGUUAACAUCACGCUGCCGUUGGACACGUCGACAGCGUCCAAAGGAGCAGUGCACGACGCGAACCGUGAAUCGGACAACGAAAGUCCGCUACAUCGUGGUCGGACCAGGGCCCAGAGCCGUAGUCCUGAACCUCGAUUAUCCGAAAAGCAAGGUCGCCAACCUCGGGCUUCCCGAUUAUUCCCCGGAAGCGAUCCAAGUGAUGAUCCGACCAACGGGGGUCGAUUGACACGACACGGCUCGAUCGAGUCGAACGAAGUGCCCUACACGUUGCAUUAUCGCCGUGAAUCUAAUGCACAGAUAAAAUACAAGCAGACAGAAAUAGAAGAGUACGAAAGGCGUAAGUCACAGAUACGCCGCCAUAAAUCACAGCCCCGUGAACCGCGCAGUCGCUAUCGAACGUCACCGGAUCAUGAGAGGCUAUGUCGUUCCUCAAGCGAGAAGCGAGCCAAGGUGAAUUACGCCCGCUGGGGUGAACUGCCAGCGGCCGACAGCUAUUCUAGUCGCGACGACAGCAUCGAUGGGACUUUUGAGAGCGAAAUCCGUGAACGAUGGACGGAAAUGCGAAGGCAACGGGAGCGCCAAAGAGCGCGCCACUUAUGGCAACAACGGAGCGAAAUUGAGAAGAGCUUAGAGGCGGAGGAAGCUGAAGAAGCGCUAAGCUCGCGGCAACGACUACAGCAGCAGCAGGAAUUGGAAAAACAACAGCAACACAUCCAACAACAACAUUAUGCCGAACAAGACCAUCUACUGGGAGUCACUUCAGAGGUGGCAGUCGAAUCGCCAUCUGAAAUGCCUCCACCGCACCUGCCGCACGAAAUUCUAGCGGACUUUAACAGAGCGCAGCUCCUCGAUGAGGCCGCCGUAGAGCCUUCUGCUGAGUCCGUGUUGCAGAUGAUUGUUCUGGAGGGAGCACCCAGUAGCAGCCACCUAGUGGAAACAGAAAGUGACUUGGGAGCCCGUCUUGAGCAUCUCGAGGGCAAUCUUGAAGAAAUUGAACUUCUCAAAGAGCUUGAAUUGGAAGCCGUCCAGCAGGAGUGUCAGAGACUGGAGGAAACGCUUGCGUUGAACACUGAGUUGAAAGAGCAAUAUGAGCGAGUGCUAAAGAGUGAAGGCGCUGAAGUAAUGUCGCUUUUACAAAGUCUGCGCGAAACCACAUCAGCGCUGCGUAGUAUAACCGCAGCCGCUCUUACCACUACAGCUGCGACCGCGACCCUCAGCAUGUCUUCGGAGAGCCUCGUCAGUUCGCCAAAGGAUCAAGAAGGUGAUGGGGAUGAUGAUAACUCUCAAGAGGACGACGCUGCCAGAAAGGAUCUACCCUAUUCGGAACAGAGCACCAGCUCCGACCGGGGUACAGCUCUUCAGCCACUAGAUAGAAGGAAAUCGAACACACAAGGUAGCAGCGUUGAAAGGGUUUUUUCCGAACAAGGAGACGAUUUCUCUUCUCUGCAGUCAACUCACGUCCCCAAGGUAAGCGUUAGGGAUGCAUACGUCGCUUGUCUGCAAUCGCUUUUGCACGAUCCCACUACGGCCGUGCUUGCAACGGCGGCGACGGCUACCGGGACGAUGCUGGCGUUUGACACCGUCGGCGCCAAGGAAAUGGUAAACGGCAACGGUAGACAGCCGCCCAUUAAGUACCAUCUUACAGUCAUUUCCACAGCACCAGAGCAUGAAGCAAUGGCCGGAACAGAAAUAGUAGAAGAGGAGAAAAAUGUGGGCAAAUCAGAAACAGCUUCACCCUCCCAGCAAAAGACUCAGCUGCAGCGAGAGAUGCAGCAGCAGUUACUUCAGCAGCCAGCGCAACAGCAAGAUCAGCAUAAGGAUGGCCAGGGUUAUGAAGGACCGCAGCUCAAGUUGACGCGAGAGUUCUGCGCCGAAAUCGAGGAGUUCCUGUCGAAAGUUCCCAGCACUUCUGAACGAGACCUAACAGCCGAAAUAACCAGUAGCCUACGAGCAGAAGACCCCUGCAGUACGUUUAGCGAACGAGGAAGAGCUUCUAAAGAACGCCAAAUCGAAACAACAUCCUCAGGAUUGACAUUCGUGGUUGAGUCUUUGGAAAGUCCCGAUAAGAGCGCAAUGCCCUACCUCCCUCAUUCAUCUUCAAGUUCCAGUUCGAGCGGGACCCCACCCAUGGGACGCAUGUUUAUAAAGAUUAAAAAGAAGCGCAUGUUCGCCAAGCACGAGGACAUUUCCGACGUGUCGAGUUCAAGUUCGGAGAUUCGACUGACACUAGAUGAGUUCGAAUUCCUGCGUAGGGAAAUCGGCAAAGGCCGAAAAAUUGGCCAAGUCAUCCCCGAGUCUGUGGUCAGCAGCAGCGAGGACAUCACGUUCUCGGACGAAACCGAGGCGGUGUUCGUGGGAGAUGAGCCCAAGACCCUAUGCAACAGUCCCGUAUCGAACCCACAUACGCCGCUGCCGGACCCUGACGCAUCCCUUCGUCUAAGCAAAUCGUCAAGCGAAGAUAGCUCGAUUAACUGCGCCCACGAGCCAAACACAAUGGCAAAUCUCGAUCUCAAUAUUGAAGGCCAGAUCCAAGUCACUGCGAUGGAAGACAUUUACUUCGUACCUGUAGAAGAUCGAUUUGCUGAAGGAAAGGAUCUCCUUGUUGGAGGAAAGCUAGUGCCAAUUGAACAAAAGGAACUGAUGGAGUUGUUUAUUGAGCGCGAGGACACUGGUGACGUUCAGCUCUUUGUUGAUGAGUCCGCUGUGAAGGCUCAUAAAGCGGUGUUGACUGCGACAAGUGACUACUUCAAAGCGAUGUUUCGGUGUGACUUUAUCGAGUCUUCUGAAAAUGAAGUCAAUGUACCGGACUUUGAUUUGCUCACAGUUGAAAGAUUUUUGAAAUUUAUUUAUACUGGAGAGGUGCAUAUAACUGAGGACAGUUUCCAGGAAGUGUUCAGUCUGGCUAACCAGUUCCAGGUACCGUCGCUUAUCGCUCUCUGUGUUGAAAUCUCUACAAAAGACCUCUCUUGGGAAAACUUUGGCCAGCAUUAUGCUGACGCCCAUGAGUUUGCUCUACAAGGACACUUCGACAUGUGCCAUGACUUUCUUGCACAGCAUUUUCAAGACCUCAUUCGAAAUCGGCCACUUCUUCGAGACAUUCGUCCUGAAGCAAUUCUCAACGUGCUUUCAAGGGACGAUCUGUUUGUUCAAUCCGAGGAUGAUGUUGUAGAGAUCAUAAUUAAUUGGGUAAAAAUCAAUCCGGCUGAAAGAGAGCCCGCACUCACCCAUAUUCUAGAUCAGAUUCGUCUUCCUUUUGUAUCAAUGCGCGAGCUAAGAAGGCUGGCCGACAGCUUUGGUCAAAACCCCGUUCUCAAAAUGAAGACCCUACGUAGAGUGAUGAGUGAGAUGCAUAAAGAUGACGGAAAGUGGACGAAAGCCAGGCAUCAUUAUAGAACCGCGGCUACACCGUUUAUAAACUAUGAUGGCGAGGAAGAAAAUAAUUAGGUGAUUCAAAGGUGGUGCAAAUUUAUAUUAUACAGAGACAUGUCCAUACAUCGAGUGUAACGCCGCAAACUUUCAUGUGCCUUAAGAGCCCCGGGACUUUAUCGGAACAAAACAUGUCUAGACUUGAUGUCUAAUACUGUGUCUGUGAUAUCUACAGUUUAUAAAACUAACAAAGUCCGAAGAAUAAAGACGUAAGCCUAUGCCAACCAAUAUAACAGGCGGCUUCAUAGUAUUUGCCAGUUUGGUUACGUUUUGGUAAAUAGUAUAAAAGGGCCAAUGAAAGUUAUUCUUUGAAGCAAUGCUGAUGAUAAAUGUCCGGAAAGAAUCUUCCUGAUAUAGUCAAAUUUUUACCGACGCACUAGGCGGUUCAUUUUGCAGAGUUCGCUUGAAAGUCCCAUACUGUCAACCCAAUAGCUUCCGAAUUAAAGGCUGCCUUCGUAAAGUCAAGUCUUUUGCACAAAAACAAUGUUGUAGCCAUUUGGCAGAACCACUUGCUGUUUGGCCACCUUCAUUAGCAGACCUGUGAGAAAAGAUGCUGAAUCUCUAACACCUCCCUUUUUGCUACAGGAACGAGGUGUUAUUUAGCCGUACCAUUUGAAAUACAAAUGUAAACGCCAUUUACAAGUAAGGAAAGCAGUAGAUCAUACUCUUAUGUAUCAUCUUUUGAUGAGGUAACCCUUCACUGAGCACAUAGGCUCAAUUUUUGAGUUGUUUGCUUAGCUCGGUAAGCCUGUUUGUUCCUGAGAAAGUCGACGAAGCGUCCCCGUGUGUGUGUUUAUGGACCUGUUAUGCAAUCUAGCAAAACGAUACGGCCCACCUCUAUCAAUACUUUUUAAGUAAGUUCGCACGAAAGUAAGUUCAGUUAGUUUGCAGUCAUUGAAUUGACGCUGGAGAUAGUCUACUUCCAAUGAAAACAUUUUUUUGUGACUAACUAUUCCAAAGCGUGACCUUCUAUGCGUUCUCUAUCCGCAAAAUUUAGAGCAUCUUCAUAAACAGUUAAUUUUAUUAUUGGAGAACAAUAGAUUAUAUAUGAAUGAUGUCGCUGGCAAACACUUAUCGGUAAGCUUGAUCCUUGCUGUACUAAUAUGUUUAUGAAGGAUAUAACAAAAUAACUCGUUUAAUUAUACCUAUGUUUUAAUAACUCAAAUAUAGUGUUUGCUGGAAACGAUAAUCGAAGGUUUGAGCUUUUGCCUUAACGUUUUUAUUACCGAAUCGUAUACGUUAUGACCAAAAAAAUUCAAUAAAAAAGAUUUUCUAUUUUUAAACUGUUUUAUGCAGGCAACGUUGGCAUGGGUCACGAUUGGAAAUGUGAGUUUUUCAAAUACCAAUGCAAAACAAUAAUAUGUGAAUAUAAAAAUAAUUUAAAAUUUUAGAUUUGACGAAGCCUUCAAAGAAAUGCCCUAAGAUUUUCGAGUUUUUACAAUUUAUUGAUGAUUUGAUACUCAUUUUCGUUCGAAGUCUUUUGGCAUAUCCGGGUAUAAAAUCUUAAAGACUAACGACCAGUCUGAUUCUCAUUUUACCCCAACAAAACGAUUUCCAUAUGAACGUAAUUUGGAGAAAGUUAGAAAGCUAGAAAGCAUCGCAGAUGAUUUAAUAGCCGAUUAGGUUUGCCUUUGUUUAAAGAAAAGUGACGCUUAACGGUCCUCGAACAUACAUCUCUUCGUUUACGAACGUUGCAGAUCUACAACAAUGCCUCGGUAAAAGAUAGAAAAUGCCGCCCAUAGAAACAUCCUAAAGAUGUAUUCCUACAUCCUAAAGAAGGUUCGCUAUGUUCGACUAUCUGUGGUCGAGUAGUCAGUUUGGCAAAAUGCUGGGCAUCGCGUACUGUUCUGGUUGUCAACAGUCAGUAAUGUGGGUUCCAUAUGAUCGAAUAUAUCUUCAGGCCUGUAACUUUCUACACCUAAAAAAUAAAUGAUUAAAACUUCGCCGAGUUCUGGUAUGAAUGAAUGAAUGGUUCCUAUUCGAUAUCAUUUGGUCAGAGUUGAAAUUCUUCAGCGUCUCUGGGUAGUAAGGCCUGUACUAGGAUAAAACCAAUUCCUAGUAUAUUGCGGGUAUAAAGUAAGAUUUACGCAGCACGUAGGACCAUAGAAAAUUCAAAUGGAGAACUCCGUUUCAGAGAGAAGCACUAGAGGUCAGUUAGAGAUCGACUUGAAGGCCCCCAGUCUGUACAAUCGACAUUCGAGAUAGCGGCUUAUUCGUUCGUCUUUUAACGCAAAUACACUACGAGCGGCGACUUCCCAAAAAAAAGUUGGUGUUAUUGUUUCGCAACUACUUUCUUUUUUACUACUAAGUUUUAAUGCGGCACCUUGGGAUCUGUUAUGAUAAAUUAAAUAAAAGAAAAAAAAAAACUACUUUUGAGCUCUUUACUGGCAUAAUGCACAUAGAUGC